AUGGAGAGACGCCGACGUCCUGCAGUAUCAUGCGUCUUGUGUCGCAAACGGAAGAUACGAUGCAAUCGCGAACAACCUUGCAGCAACUGUCUGCGGUCGCAAAGCGGGUCGUGCAUCUACGAGAACCUGAACAAACCUGUUGCCCCCAAGAACCAUGCUGGUCCGAGUGUCAUCAACCACCCCCAGGGAGUGCUGCCUGAUGCCAGAGCAUCCAACGCGAGUGCCGCCCUCCACAGCGGGCCAUCUAGUUGGACAGACCGAUCCACGCCGACCAGUCAAGUCUACCCGCAAGACGAGGAGUCACAGCACUUGAGGCUUCGGAUUCGUGAGCUCGAGGAAAAAUUGGCUACCGCGACCCUGAUGCGAUCUCUAUCCGCGGGACCAGCUCCAUCCUUGGACAUCGAAACCACCAAUUCCCGUCUGAGUGGGACAUUCCACGUCCACUACAGAAGAGCUGCGAAUGGUCAGCCGGGGACUAUCGCCCACAGUAUCAGUAUGAAGUCGCGAUUAUUUGGACAGAGCCACUGGGGAGUCAGUGUGAUCUUUCUGAUCCGAGAUAUAUUGGCCAUGCUCGAGCCCCGCCUCUGUCCAAAGACAUCCAAGGCAUGGGCUGGCUUGGAGAAGUGUAAGGCGCUGGCCCGGUGCAUCAAGGCGCGGCGCUCUCGAUCGUUGUCCUCGCUCUCGAUCUCCCCGUUGCCUCCGCGAGACCUCGCCGACCAGCUCGUCGAUGCUUACCUCCGCACCACCGAAUCAAUCUAUCGGAUCCUCCAUGUCCCCACCUUUCGCAGACAGUACGAUGCACUCUGGCUAAGAGACGGAAAACCAGCAGACGUGGGAUUUGACGCUCAGCUCCGGCUCGUGCUGGCCAUCGGCGCGGUCACAUACGACGAUACAUUUUCCCUGCGCCCCUCCGCCUUGCGAUGGAUCCACGAGGCACAGCUCCUAGUUUCCCAACUGAAGUUUAAAGCUAGGCUGACAAUCCAGGCCAUCCAAAAUAACCUGCUUCUGCUCUUUGCGCAGGAACGUCUGAAUGCAGGGGAGGAGUCCGCCUGGGUCUCCAUGGCCACCCUGCUCCGGAAUGCGAUGUACAUGGGCCUUCACCGUGACCCAGGUCAUCUCCCCCAAUGCACAAUCCUCGUGGCCGAGAUGCGUCGCCGGCUCUGGAACACCAUCCUUGAGGCAAACCUCCAGGCGAGUUUAUCAUCGGGUGGGUCACCAAUGAUCACGCUGGGCGAUUUUGACACCGCCCCUCCAGGCAACUUUGAUGACGAGCAGCUGGAGGUAACUGAUCCUGUGGUAACUGCAAGAUUCACCAAGUCCUCCACCGCGAUCGCGCUCCGUAGAACCUUUCCUCAACGGCUCGCACUCUGCAAGUUUCUGAACGAUCUGGGUUCGUCUAGGACAUAUGAGGAGACGCUCCGUCUCGAUGCUGAGCUGUGGGGGGCGUACCGAGAGCUUGUUCACACACUGCGAUCAGUAAACCACUAUGGCGGUCCCUCUCAGUACGAGAUCCAGGUGGUGGACUUCCUCAUGCACCGGUAUCUGUUAUCGCUGCACACCCCGUAUUUUGGGUCCGGAUUGCACGGCAUGGAUUUCGCUUUGUCCAAAAAGAGGGUGGUUGAGUCUUCACUGCGGUUAUGGCUUGCGACUUGCCCGACACCGAUGAUGUCUAGUGUGGAUGAAUUUCGGCAAUUGGCCACCUGUAGCGCCGGCUUUUACCCUACCGUGAGCUUGCAUGCGGCCUUUCUGAUUGCCGUCGAGCUCCGAAUGCAGUUACAGGAGGACGAGAGUCUGUGUCCCGUGCCCUUGCGACCCGACCUUCUGGCAGUGUUGGAGGAAGCCAAAGCGUGGUGCCUUCGGGUUUUGGAGGCGGGGGAAACGAAUGUGAAGGGCUAUCUGCUCAUAAGCAUGAUAACAGCCCAGUUUCAGGGUUUGAGGAGUAACUUGCGGAGAGAUGAGAUCGCCGGUCUCUUGAUCCAGGCGGUCGAAAAUGUGGAAGCGAGAUGUAUGCCGAUCCUGGAACGGUUGGCGGCUGCGCUGCCGGAACAGGGGGUGGAGGAUUGGGAGUUCAUGGUAAGCAUACCUAGUAUUCUGGACUACCUCGUCGUCGCUCACAUCCAUGCGCAGACAACAUCCCAGGAUGCUUUCAAUAUUGGCGCCAGCGAGGAUCUGGAUUGUUUGUUUAACGAUGACCUUAAUUUGGAACUUUAUUAG